GGGGCCCCCGAGGCCUGAUGCUCGAUAUUUAAGGAGGACCUGAACUUUGAGCUGGAGCUGUGUCUGAAGCUCUUGACUCGCAGGAUGAACGCCCUUCGAACUCUGUUUCUCUUGGUCGCCGGCCUCUCUGUGGCUUGCUGUGGUCCAAGGGCACUAAUCCACCCCAGGGCGCUGAACCAGUUCAGGAAAGAAAUCCAGUGCCUGAUGUCCGACAGCUCGCCGGUUUUAGACUACUAUGACUACGGCUGCUACUGUGGAUAUGGCGGCUCUGGCACGCCUGUGGACGAGCUGGACAGGUGCUGCGAGGUGCAUGACCAGUGUUACGGUGACGCCAUGAAGCACGACGCAUGCUGGCCCAUCUUCGACAACCCUUACACCGAGAUCUACAACUACAGAUGUGCCAAACAAAGCAAGAUGAUCACCUGUGGCGACAACAACAGCGAAUGUGAGCAGUUCAUCUGCGAGUGUGACAGGAAGGCCGCUGAGUGUUUCGCCAGAUCGCCUUAUAACCCCGAGAACAAGCGACUGCCCAGUGAGCGAUGUCAGUAGAAGACCUCUCCAGUUAAUGGAAGGCAGGAUCCACUCCCACACACGACACACCCAUCACUGAGCUCUCAGGAGCGGCAGCAGCUUGUUUCGUCCGCUCAUUGAAAUACUCACACUGACUUUGUACUGCAUCUCUAUUGUUAGCUGUGGAUUUGUAUCCUGACCAGAAACACCAGUAGAUCUGCAUCUCUCAUUAACUGAUGCUCGGUUAUUCACUGGUAUAAUCCUAACUCAAGUUUCCAAUAGAGGGCGCUUUCAUAUAGCUCUUUCUUCCCUUGCUUGCAGAAAGUACUUGAAUAUUGGCAAUUUAUCAAAUUAAACAAAUGCUUGCAGUACUCAAUAAAGUGGAUUAAAAAAAUGA